AUGCCUCCUCACCAAACUCACACAAACCUCCUCGGCAAAUCUCUUCUUUCACCCCGUGACAACACUGAAACCCCGACUGAUGUCUGUCUGGCCUGGAACAUCGGCCUGUUGGCUGGCGUCAUAAUCGCCUCGACCUUGGCCCUGUUUAUCUUCAUCCUUCACCUUAUCCUUAGGCACCAUCACUUGAAAGCUCUAAAGAAGCUGGAACUUGCAAAUACGGACUUAACAAAAGCGCAAACAGUAGGUCUUUGCCUUGAGGCCCUUCUAGAUCGUGCCGAACAGACGACGCUCCAGUACAUCGGCAAGUACGGGCGUCUUCCUCAAGAAAUGGCGGACGAAGAGGACGAGGAGGAGGCUGAGUAUUCUGGGUUGAACACAAGCUAUGUGGGUGGCAGGCCUCGCCGGCCCGUCACGUGGGCUGACGGCCGCCACCACUGGUCUUAG